AUAUUCAAUAUAACGGCGAUAUGGCCUCCGUCGAGGUCUCACAGUCGUCCAUCAGAAGAUGCUUCCGUAGUUUCAGCCGUCCAUCAGACGAAUCAUAGAAAGAAUGCGCAAUCCAACAGCUCUCCUAUCCUUCCACCGUUUCCAGACGCAGCAGCAGGAAAAGGAAUGGCCCUGCGACAGCGUGGCUGGAGCUGGAGCUCCGCCCUGGUGGGCGCCGCCUCGGCUGCGGCGGCCACCGUCGUCGUCCUCGGUCGGCCAAGAGACCCCACCUUCCACCUCAUCUCCAUCACCCUCUCCUCCUUCCGCCUCAACCUCCCCCUCCUCGACGUCGACCUCACCCUCACCGUCCACGUCACCAACCCCAACCUCGUCCCCAUCCACUACGCUUCCGCCAUCAUCUCCAUAUUUUACGCCGGCUCCCACCUCGGCUCCGCCCUCCUCGACGCCGGCUCCCAACCCGCCAUGUCCUGCCAGCUCCUCCACCUCCCGGCCCGCCUUUACGGCCUCGAGCUCGCCCACCACAUCCCGAGACUCCUCGCCGACGCCGCCCGCCGUCAGAUGACCCUCGACGCCUCCGUUGACAUCUCCGGCACCGCCCAAGUCCUCUGGUGGGCGCACCGCUUCAGUGUCCACGUCGACAGCCAUGUCGUCGUCGACCCCAUCUUCCUCGACGUCAUCGACCAGGAGAACCACUCCGAAACCCAUCUACACCUCUCCUAAUCAACUGUAUGUGUUCCUCCAGCCUACGGCUAAUUGGGCAAACAGGAUAUCAACUGAAGGCUAUUAUUUGAA